AUGCCUGAAGAUAUAAGUUAUACCGGCCCCUUCGAGGAAUUCAGCAAUAACAAUUCCCAUGGGAUUUCUCCUUUUAAGGACUCCUAUUUCAAAGAUAUGACACCUUCUAAGCCAAAUGUGAGAUUUGGCGAUGAUGACGUUAAUAUUUUUGACCAAAGAAAGAAGGUAAAUGAAAUUAAUAAAAACAGCUCCAUUAGAAGGGGUAUUCCGCCUUCGAUAAACAUUAAUAAUACGCCCAAUAAGUCUAGCUUAAAAUCACCAAAGAGUAAUAAUCUUUCUGACUGCGGGUUUGAUUAUGAACGUCGGUUCGAGACAAGAGAUGACACUUUUAAAGAGGUCAAUGACGCAGUUAACCGUUGCUAUGCACUUUGUAACAUCCCCACCAAGCAUAUAUCCAUAAGCAGUAUCUCGGAUUUGGCACAGACUUUUGAAACGCUUGCUGUUGGAAUAACUCAUGAAACAAAUAGAAAAGCCGAAUGUGAGCGAAGCAAAAAUGCAAUAGAUUCAUUAUACUAUCACGAGCAGUUGGAAAAAAAAGAUCUGAAUGAAAAAAGUCUUCAAAUGGCAAUUGAUCACUUAUUGAAAGUAACAAAGCAAAAUCAAAGGCAAGUCGAUGGUAGAGAUAAGCUGGAAGAAACUGAAGUUCUCAAAAGCUUUAUUAAAGAAAUCGAAGAAGUUGAGGAUAAUAAAAUUUCAAUUAAUAGUCUGGAGCAACAAUUGCUUGAAGAGAAAACAGCAAAUAAUAUUCUUAGAAGAGACUAUUAUAAACUUCAAGAACGUGGUAAACGUUUAUGUCAUGAGUUUCAAGACUUACAAGAUGAUUAUUCCAAGAAAAUGAAACAAAAAGAAUACGAAGUGCAAAAACUCAAAAAUGAAGUCAAAUUUUUAACGAACAUGAACACUAACCUAAAAGCGGAUAAAACUCAAUUCUCUCAAAAGGAGAAACAAUAUUCUCAAAAAUAUAUCUAUAUAGAGAAAUACAUGAGCCAUGUCAAACAAGAGUAUAACAAGAAGGAGGACGAAUGCAACAGAUUGAAAUUCGUUGUUGACAAAAAUAUGAAAAAAAUAGAUCACUUAGAAAGAUCACUUCAGGCUCAGACAAACGCGCAAAAUAGUUUCUCAGCUGUAACAGUUCAAGAUGAAGAUCAAAAGGAUGCCCAUUUGGAGGACCGUUAUCAUAAAGUAAAAGAAUUCAUGGAACAAAAGCUACAAACUUCCAAAAAUAAUGAUCCAUCAUGUUCCGAAGCAGAAGCUCUUGAUAAUGUGCUUGGGCUAAUCGAAAAUACUAUGAAAACUCUGGAAGGAAAUAGUAAAUAUUAUUCAACUACAACAAAAAAGUGCUUAAAAUAUGUUACUGGCUCGUCAAGGCUCAAAGAAAAUGAGCAUAUUACAAAUUGA